UUCAACCUUCCAUCACACUGAAGAUUGCUGUUGUACAUGCUUGGGACGAUCAAAAUGGCGCACUGUUUGAUGUGAGCGACCCCGGACUCUGUCCUGUUAGUUUUGCUGACGGAACGCCAACUAUAGCCCCUCGUAGACUGCGAGAUUGCUCGAGACGCAGAUGCGGGCCACGCACAAUUUGCCUCAUACAUGAAAAGCAAGAAUGUCUCUGACUUGAACGAUGCUACGGAGCAUUUUCAGUUGGUUCUGAACCAGUGUCCGGUCGGCCAUCCAGACCGCGCAACGGCUCUCACCAACCUCGCGUGGGCCUACCUUCAAGGCUACAUCCGAAAUGAUGUUGAAGACAUUGAUACCACCACUUCCCUCUUCCGCGACGCCCUUGCAUUGCGUCCGCAGCACCAUCCCGAUUAUCCCUUAUCCCUAUAUAAUCUCACCGAAGCGCUGGCUUGGCGCCACAUCAGGAAAAGUACUGCUGCAGACAUAUGCGAAGCGGCCCAACUCUAUCAUGAGCUACUGCCUCUCUGUCCAGAGGGCACGUACCUUCGUAGCAUCAUAGCAGGGAAAAAUGGUAUCGAUUAUGUAAUCGAUGAAUGCAACAAUCUUCCAACAGACGCAUCCGAUGAAGGCAUCCACCUUCGAAGAGUCGUCUUCGAGCUCUGUCCUCUGGGCCAUCGAUUUCGUCCCAAAACCCUCGGCAUGCUUGCACAUGCAGUUAGUGCAAGGUUUGAUCAGCACGGCAGCAUCGAUGAUCUUGACACGAGCAUACAGCUUCGUCGUGAAGCCGUGUCUCUGUGUCCUGAGGGACACGCUGGCCGUGAUAUCUACCUGAACAACUUGGCCAUUUCACUCGGGUCCCGCUUUCGGCACCAAGGCAAUCCUAAUGAUCUCGAUGAGGCCAUAUCUUUGCACGAAGAAGCGCUGCACCUGCGCCCUGUUGGGCAUGAAUCUCGCGAUUGCUCACUGGACAGCCUAGGGGGCGCCCUCGUCCACCGUUUCAACGAACGCGGCGAUGUUGAAGACAUGACCCACGCUACCAGCCUCUAUCGCGAGGCACUGACGUUGUGCCCACCUGGGCAUCCAUAUCGUGACACCACGCUUCACAACCUUGCCCACGCGCUCAAAACUAGAUAUAACAAAUCGAAAGUCAGAGAUGAUCUUAACGAGGCCAUUGAUUGGUAUCGAGAAUCCCUUCGGGUAAGGCGGCUCGACCAUCCAGAGCGCCAUAGAACUCUUUACAGUUUGAGCUCGGCGCUCUGCUCUCGUUUUACGCAAGCUCAGAAGAAUGAAGAUGUUGAGGAGGCCAUUGCUCUUUGCCAAGAAUCAUUGGCAGCUCUAUCUUCACUGCACCCAGACAGGUACUUCAGCUACACGUGGCUGCAAGAGGCCUAUUUGUCUCGUUACCGGAUUCUACACGACCCUGCUGAUUUGUCUCUUGCAGUGGAGAACUUCAGACGGGCGUCAAGGCACCCUACUCAAGGAUUUCCGGAACGCAUCCUGGAAGCUAUUGACUGGGCUUGCCAAGCAGAAGUCUAUCAACAUGAGUCUGCCCUAGAAGCAUACCAAGUGUGCUUUGAGCUUUUCGACAGCCAUGUCAUGACACGAUCGUCGAUCAUCUCACGGCGUGAAGCUGCAACCGCUGUUCGUGGUGCACAAUCACUUCCUGUAGAUGCAGCCUCGUGCGCCAUACGUCGUGACAAUCUACGACACGCAGUUGAACUCGCAGAGCAAGGUCGUGGCCAGCAGUGGUCCCUGGCAUCUCGACUCAGGAAUCCAGUUGAAGAUCUUGAGUCAGCAAAUCCAGCACUGGCGCGCAAUUAUUUGGAGCUGAGCAAGCGCGUUUCCGAUGCCGCUCAGAGUUCUACAACAAUCAGCGACAGAGCUGGUGCUGAUCGGGCAGCGAUAGAGUACAGGAGACUUACAAGGCAAUGGGAAGCUGUGGUUGCUGAAAUUCGUGAUUUUCCGGAGUUUUCACGGUUCCUACUCCCACCUCUGUAUGCAGACCUGCAAGCGGCAGCGCGCCAGGGCCCGGUCAUCAUCCUAAUUGCGAGCCAAUACUCAUGCAGCGCCAUCAUCAUUCCGACGUCAGGAGCCCCCCAUCAUGUUCCCUUGCCGUCUGUUGCUCUCGCAGAUCUGACAAAUCUCAAGGAUCGCUUCGCCAGGGCAAUACGAGAAGCAUCUCAGAUGACCCCAAAGCAGUCGAGGACGGAUCUCAUAGUACUCUCGCGGAUAAUAUGGAACGAGAUCAUGCUACCCAUCGUCAACGUCCUCCGACAUGAUCUGAAACUAAAAUACUACUCUCGAAUCUGGCUGUGUCCAACUGCAGCUUUCACAUCUAUUCCUCUCCACGCAGCUCACCCGUUUCGAACCAACCCAGAUGGCUCUAGGGAGCCAUGUCUGGAGGAUUUCUAUAUCUGCUCUUACACGCCCACACUUUCGGCUCUGGUCAGAUCCAGACAGAUGAUGAAGAAGCGUGUCACUCCAUCCUUCGUGACAAUCGGACAGGGUCAACCGGGUGCAGGGAAAGGCAAGGCGCUCUUGGCCGUCGACAGCGAGCUCGAGCUUGUCCAUAAGCUCGUCCCUGCGACGGCCAACCGUACUACUAUUUCUGGCGACGAAGCCACACGAGCAGGUGCACUCGAAGCUUUGCAGCAAAACAACUGGGUGCACCUAGCUUGUCAUGGCAAGCAGGACCCAAAGCAGCCUUACAAUUCGCAUUUCGUCAUGAGAGACGAAGAUCUGACGCUGCUCGAUAUCAUGGAGAGAGAUAUUCCGCACGCCGAGUUCGCGUUCUUAUCAGCGUGUCAUACCGCCGUCGGGGAUGAGGAGACACCCGACGAAGUGAUUCACCUUGCAGCUGGUCUUCAGUUUUCAGGGUUCAAGAGCGUCAUUGGCACGCUGUGGCAGGUCGACGACUCUGUCGCACAACAUGUCGUCAAAGCCUUCUAUGAGAACAUGUUCAAAGAUUUGAAGGAUGGAGGUGUGAUGGACUGUACGAAGGCAGCCUGGGCACUGAACCGUGCUACGCAUGCCGUGAAGACGCAAGUGCCGCUGGAGCAGAGGAUGGUUUUCGUUCAUAUUGGUGUGUAGUUCUACUACCUCGUAUUGAUGUCGUCUGGUACAUAUUUACAAGUUGUUCAUCUGCGAUCUUCUUUCUCACUGUUGUAAGAAACGAGCCCAAUAUAUUCUUGCAUUCUAGCCAUAUAUAGUCUACCUAUCUCAGUUUUGUAUACUCUGUUGUAUUUUUGACGACUAAAAUGUCCAC